UCACCGAUCUCUCUUAGGUUUCUCAUAAUAAAUAAACCUUCCUCUUCUAUCCUUCGUUGUCUCUUAAAUUGCAACUAGGUACCACACUCACUAGUCUCUCCAAAAACCCUAAAAAUCUGUGUUUUUCUCCCAUAAACCCCAUACGAAACAAAUCAAUGGCAGAAACCGAAAUCCCAAACGAACCCGCAUUACCCACAAAACGCAAACUCGAUGAGGACCCAUUUCCUGAAAACAAGCAAGAAAAUCACACCAACAAAUCGCAAAAGCUUGAGUCUCUUACCAACAACUCACCAAACACCCAAGAGAAAACCACUGAUAGAACGCAAACUCUAGAAGCUUCUUUCAAUAACCAAAAUGACACCGUACAGAAAGUGGUAGAAGAAGAAGAAGAUGGUGAUGAUGAAGAUGGUGAUUAUGAAGACGAAGAGAACGGAGAGGAAGUGUUGGUGGAUAGGAAAGGGAAAGGGAUAUUGAUUGAAGAAGUUGAAGAUGACGACUCGAGUGAUGAUGACGGUGAUGAAUCAAGUGAAUUGGACGGUGGCGAUGAUAGUGAGGAGGCGGAGGAGGAUGAUCCAUUGGCUGAAGUUGAUUUGGAUAAUAUUUUACCGUCGAGGACUCGAAGAAAAGCGGUGCAUCCUGGAGUUUAUAUUGCUAAUGACAAUCACGUGAAUGAUGGUGAUGAUGAUGACAGUGACGCGUGAUUUUAAAGCAAGACAAGUUGGUGAUGUUAUCAUAGAGGAUGUUUGCCUUCAAAACUUAGUGGUAAUGCUGAAGAGUUAAAGAGGAAGAGAUGCUAGGGGAAUUGUGUUAGUAUGUUCUUUUUGGAUGAACAAUCUAGAGGAAUACAACAAGCUAGUUUUUAAGUUGCAACGAUGGUGAUGCUCAGUAGGAUCCUUUCCUUCUAAAGUUGGUAGGAAAAAAGAUACUUUGGUGAUUGAGAUGUGUUGGAGAAAAACAUUCACCUAGGUUAGUAACGACAUGAUAGUGUAAUAGUUUUCCUUAACCAGACCACAAUUGGCACAUAUGAUUAAUGUUCCUCACUGAGUCUAAUUGACAUCUUGGGAAUAACAGAAAAUCCAUGAAUCCAUGAUUUAGGAAAAUGAUUAAUGAAUUUUAAUUGCUGUCUAAUAGAAGCUUUCUUCUCUUAGAAAGUAUGCCACUAAAUGCUGUCCAUUAUCGACAAAUGUCGUGACUUUCGCUAGUUCAUCUGGGUAUAGCAACUACAUUGAAUAACUCAUCUGAGUUUCAUAUACUGUUCUUCCCUGAACUGUGUUGGGGAGAGUACAGAAUGUGAUUUCAUUUUAUUUGCAAAUUAUUGGUAGCAAGUUCGAAACCCUGCAUUAGGACUUGGAAAUGAGUGGGAAAAUAUGCGAAUGCAUGGUGAUCCUUGAAUAUGAGUAAACUAUUUAUGAGAUUAUGUAGUCCUGUAAAUUAGUGGUAAAGAGGUAUAUGUACCUUUGUGUGGUUUCUUGUGGUUUAGCGAUUCUUGACAAACUUUUGGCGGGGACUUCUAUGCAUGCCUAGCAAUGUAAUUGCUAUGUUGGUAAAUAGUUCAAAGAUAAUAGAGUACAAACCUGUCUCACAGUUACCUAAUUUGCUGAAAUCCGUAGAAUUAUGAUCUGGAUUGCAUGAUCCCAACCAUGGUAUGUUUGUGAUCUAGAUUGUGAAAAUUGGCCACCCUUUUUUUAUGUUUCACAUGGAUUUACAAGUAUUUGUGUUUAAAUAUAGCAAUAAAUAUGUAAAACCUUUAUAAGAAAGGAAAAAUUAAGUUUUGAAGUUAUUGUUAUUAAUUGGAAUCUAAAAGGUUGCAUAUUUAGGUUGGACUUUUCAAUUUGUUACCUUUUAAAAAAAUAAUAAAGAAGGAAAAAAGACAAUUAUCUUCAGCUGCAUGCAUGGCAAAGAUCGAGAGGUUUUUUGGGGAAGAGGUAACUUGUACGCAAUUUUCAAGGCCCUGGGAUGGAAAAUAUCUUGUUUGGAAGCUUUAGUUUACAUGCUCCCAUACAAUACUUUUAUCUUUUGAGAAUUAGAAAGCAGCACAUGUCAUGAUUAUCUUAAUAAACUGAUCUAAUGGCUAAUAACUAAAACAAUCUAAUAGUUUUUUUAAUAGGAAAUAUUACUUCUAUCUCAAUUAAAUGACAUAUGCAUACCCGUACCAUGUACCAUAAUGUAUCGUGUUCCAGCUAACAUUGACCUGUCCAAAAGUACUGAGGGUAUGGAUUGCAGUUACAUAACCUUAAAAAAAAAGGUGUAUUGAAGUUUGCUUUGAUAUGGAAAGUCUACUUUCUGGAAUUGAAGUUGGUUUGGUUUAUUAGUAAGCCACUAUAGAUUGGCAAUAUUAUGGUGCAUGUCUAUAUAGUUGUGGCUUGAUUAAACACACAAAAGGAAUCUAGGUGUAUUCUAGUCUUCUUUUUGUAUAACUCACAUUGAUUUUUAUCAUAGGGAUCCAAUUUUUGAAAAACUAGAGGUCUGUUCACUAACAAGAAACUAUUUUCUUUUUUCAUUUCUAGUUUUCUUUUCCAAUGAAAAAUUGGAAAACGUGUACAACUAUUUUUUAUAAAAAAAAAAUCAAAAUCAUAAUUUAUAAUAGUCAUUUUAAUAUUUUGUAUUUGUGAUAAUUUAAUUGUAAAAUGUUAAUUUUAUUGUAUUCAAAUUAAAAUUAUAUAUGAAAAAGCUAUAUUGUUAACUAUAAAAAACUUUAUAUUAGAUUUAUAAUAAAAAAAAUAAAUUUAUGACACCAGCUAUAUAUAUAUAUAUAUAUAUAUAUAUAACAUUCCUAAAAAGUAUUUAUAUAUAGAAGAAAAAAAAUUGUAAUGGUCAUGUCUUUUCUUCAUUUAAAAAUCAGUGGAAAUCUUGUAAAGAAAAACUGUGAAGUACCUCUAAAAUGUGUUCCCCAAACUCAGUACAUAUUUGGAAAACUAGAGAACUAGUUUUCUAUUUUUAUGAAUGGAGAAAUGUUGCAUUUGAACAGAAGUUCCAGUUUUUAUUUUUCUAACUUCAGCUAUCCAAAAGAUUAGAAUAUUACUCUAUUUCUCAACAGCCUCUAACUUGUCAUUGUAUUCGGUUCCUGAAGAUGUGGUCCUACAAGUGCGUGGUGAUUCUGCCCCACACAUCUUAUGGUUGAUUAGCACCAGUAGCAAUCUUUAAAGUCAAUCAUGAAUUAGCUUAUCAUGAAUUAGCUUGUGGUUUUGGUGAGACCUUAUAAACUUUUAUUUUUAUUCUAAAAAGGCAGUGUAGUUUACCUUUGAUGAAAAAUCAUCUUUUAUUUGAGCUUGAAUUCGCAGAAUAUGCCUCACAUGAUUGGCAUGUUGAAGGGUUGUUAAAUCUUUAUUUGGUUGGUUUAUGGUGUAUUUACAGAGCCAGUUGAUGUUUAUAUCAACUUCCUGAAAUAGAAAUUCAACGAUCUUGGUUUGUGUUUGAUUUAGAGUUGUAAUAUUAUAGUCAGUCUUAUGGCAAAAUAUCCACCACCACUUCCCUGCUCCAACACACAACUAAACUGUUUAGCUCCUUUCUGUGCUAAUUUCUGGCCUCUGGAUUUCCUGGAGAAAAACUUUGGUAUUUGUCUUUUUCAUUUGCUUUCUCUUUCUUGUAUUCUUUCCUGUUUAUAUCCAUAUCAUAUUUCCUCACUUUGACCGGCCACUCUAAAUCAUUGGCCAUAGCAAGUAUUUCUAGGACUCCAUAAGAGGGAAAUGACCCACUGUUUUCUGCCUUUUGAUGAAUUGUUCUUUAAGCUCUAAUCUACUUAAGAGACGAAGUGACCAGUACACUGGGGGUGUUCCAUA